CACGCGCCACCCCCCAGGCCGCCGCUCACACAACGCGCUCUCCUUCCCGCCCACGCCGCCUCUCUCUCUCUCCGCUCUCCACUCCACUGCACGCUCGCUACUGCCACUGCCACCGACACUCUGCCUCACUCAUCGCCCGUACGCCAGCCGACCGAGUCGAACGCACCGCGUCUUCGAUGACAGCCAAGAGCAAGAGAGCCUCCGAACCCAGAAGAGCCAACAAACCGCUGAUGGAGAAACGCCGCCGCGCCCGCAUCAACCAAAGCCUGGCAGCCUUGAAAACCCUCAUCCUGGACUCCGCCAAGGCGGACAACACCAAGCACUCCAAGCUGGAGAAAGCCGACAUCCUCGAGCUGACAGUCCGCCACUUCCAAAGGCACCGCAGCCUGGACGUCAAAGGAGUCAACCAGUACAAAGCCGGCUACGCGGACUGCGUGCGCGAAGUCCAGCGGUACCUGGAGACCCCCGACGCGCAAACCAUGACCGUCAUGGACUCCGGCGUCCGCCAGAGACUGCUGCGCCACCUGGACAACUGCGUGUCGGAGGUGGACGUGGACAUCCGCAUCGCCGGUCAACCUGCGGAAGAAAGAACGCAACCGCCCGACUCCAGCACUCUGGAGGAAGUCAACAACAACCUGAACAACACCAGGUUGGAGCCCAAGGUCACAGAGCCGAUGCCUCCAGGGAAAAUGGUGAAGAACUACGACGGAAACUUUGUUCUGCUUCUGCCGGAGCAUUACGUUCAGCUGGCCAACGCGCUGGGGGUGAACCUGCGCCAAAAGACCGACCCUGGUACCUCCAACCUGGCGAACCCCCCUGAAACUCCGCACCUCGGUAAAGCGAUCGACUUCAGCAAAAACAACGACUGUGAUGGGUCCAUGUGGCGCCCCUGGUAGAUUUUUCAAGUGUGUUAAGUUGGUUUGUGCAAUCAAGACUUUACCAAAGACUUCUUCGUUAUUUAAUAUGUAACGAUAAUGUAAAUAGUUUUUAUGUUGUAUACAUGCAUAGGAAAUUGUAAUUUAUAUAAAAG